AUGGCUAGAAAACAGAGAUUGACAACAUCUCAACGUAAAGAUCACCGUAAGAAGGAAAACGAAUAUAUUGAGGAUCUAAACAACAAAAUUGAAAAUUAUGAUCCAAAGACUGCAAAGACCACUUUCUUCAAAGAUUUACCCAUUAGUAACGCAACCUUGAAGGGACUAAGUGAAGCUGCCUUUUUAAAGCUUACCGAUAUUCAAAGAGAGUCCAUUCCGGUCUCGCUCAAAGGUUAUGAUGUUCUGGGAUCUGCAAAGACCGGGUCAGGUAAGACCUUAGCAUUCUUGAUUCCAGUAUUGGAAAAACUGUAUCGUGAAAGAUGGACUGAAUUUGAUGGGUUAGGUGCUUUGAUAAUCUCACCCACAAGAGAAUUGGCAAUGCAAAUAUAUGAAGUUUUAAUCAAAAUCGGAAGCCAUACUUCGUUUUCCGCUGGGUUAGUUAUUGGGGGGAAGGACGUUAAAUUUGAAUUAGAAAGAAUAUCAAGAAUUAAUAUCCUUAUAGGUACCCCGGGAAGAAUUCUACAACAUUUAGAUCAGGCCGUAGGGUUAAAUACAUCAAAUCUUCAAAUGCUUGUUCUGGAUGAAGCUGAUAGAUGUUUAGAUAUGGGGUUUAAGAAAACUUUAGAUGCCAUUGUUGGUAAUUUACCACCUUCAAGACAAACACUUUUAUUCUCAGCUACACAAUCUCAAUCCCUUGCCGAUUUAGCAAGGUUAUCUCUAACGGAUUAUAAAUCAGUGGGUACCAUGGACAAAGCUAACGAAAAAUCAGAUGCAGAAGCAGCCACACCAGCUACAUUGGAACAAUCAUAUAUUGAAGUUGAAUUGGCUGAUAAAUUAGAUGUAUUAUUUAGUUUCAUUAAGACUCAUUUGAAGGCUAAGAUGAUUGUCUUCCUGUCUAGUUCCAAACAAGUCCAUUUUGUUUAUGAAACAUUUAGAAAAUUACAGCCUGGUAUAUCAUUAAUGCACUUGCACGGGAGACAAAAGCAAAAGGCAAGAACUGAAACUUUGGAUAAAUUUAGUCGCGCUCAACAAGUGUGUCUAUUUGCUACCGAUGUUGUUGCCAGAGGUAUCGAUUUCCCUUCUGUGGAUUGGGUCAUUCAACUGGAUUGCCCUGAAGAUGCUGACACAUAUAUUCAUAGAGUCGGAAGAUCUGCUCGUUAUGGUAAAAAGGGUAAAUCACUUAUCAUGUUGACCCCCACUGAGAAGGAUGCCUUCUUGAAAAGAUUGAGCGCUAGAAAAAUCUUACCAAAUCAACUGACUAUUAAGCAAUCAAAGAAGAAAUCUAUAAAACCCCAAUUACAAUCUCUUCUAUUCAAAGAUCCGGAAUUGAAAUAUUUGGGUCAAAAGGCAUUUAUUUCAUAUAUAAGGUCCAUCUAUGUUCAAAAGGAUAAAGAUGUCUUCAAAUUCGAUGAAUUACCUACAGAGGAAUUUGCUACAUCAUUGGGACUUCCAGGUGCCCCUAAGAUUAAGAUAAGAGGAAUGUCAACAAUCAAUCGUGCAAAGGAAUUAAAGAAUGCUCCGAGACAAUUAUUAUCUUUGAAAAAGGCGAAUGAAGAUGGUGAUAUUGUUAAAGAUAACUCUAAGCAAGUUAGAACAAAAAUUGAUAAGAUGUUUGAACGUAAAAAUCAAACUGUGCUAAGUGAACAUUAUUUGAACGUAACCAAAUCCCAAGCAAACGAGGAUGAAGAUGAAGAUUUCAUUACUGUGAAACGUAAAGAUCAUGAAUUGGUGGAAGAUGAGCUUCCUGCAUUAACCUUACCAUCCUCCAGAAGAGCACAAAAGAAAGCUCUUUCUAAGAAAGCCUCAUUAUCCACUAAGGGUAACGCAAGCAAAGUUGUUUUCGAUGACGAUGGAGAAGCUCAUCCUGUAUAUGAACUAGAAGGGGAAGAGGAAUUCCAGAAAAAGGGUAGUGCCGAAAGCCAGAAACAUGACUUCUUGAACAAGGAAGCUGAAGUUAUGGCAACUGUGGACAGUAAGGAUAAACAAGUUGCAAAGGAAAAACGUCAAGAAAAGAAGAGAAAAAGAUUAGAAGCCAUGAGAAGAGAAAUGGAAGCCGCCCUCGAAGAAGAUGAAAGUGAUGAGGAAACAAGGAAUGUUGCAUAUCUAGGCGAACCUAACCUAAGUGAGGACAUGGAGGAUGAUUUUGAGGAUGAGCCAAGAAAGAAGGCUAAAUCUGUCAAUUACAUCAGAGAUCAACGAAAGGAAACUGCACAUGAUAUUAUUGAGGUUGAAGAACCUGAGACUUUAGAAGAUUUAGAAUCUUUGACAGCAAGGUUAAUUCAAAAUUAA